AACCUCUUGAACUCUGGCCACGCCCUAGGACCCACCGGUGGGUCCGCGGGGGGGUCAUAAUAGUAUUUUUUAAAAAUCUAUAAACUGUGAAGCACCAAACUAGUCAUAUAUGGUAUUUUUUGAAAGCUAAGAAACUCUGCUUUCUUGCAAGUCGCAUGAUAUUUGCAUUUAUUUUACAUAAAAGAAAAUAAUAAGGUCUAAAUUCGUUCUUCCGCAUUCACCCCCCCUUGCGAAAAUCAGAUGAAUAAUGUUCAUAUUUCAUAUUUAUCGCACACAAACUCACCAAACAUAGACAAGUCACACAUCAAAUGAAAGCUCUCACUCUCAGGAAUGUCACUGUGUACUUUAUUUCACCGAUCUUAUACAUUACUGUGACAUAACAAAGAAUAAUUUUCAAAAGAAUCACGAAAACUGAAAUGACUCCUGUGAACAAGCAAACUUAUGCAUCAUAUUUCUGCGCUGAUAACUUCAUCUGUGCUCACAUCCUAGCCUAAAAUCAUAUAUCACCUUUUACUUUAGGUUGUUUUCUUCAAAAUGAGACCAUUCUCGUGUGUCUGUGAGCAUGCAUGGCUAAACGGCACUAUAAUAUGUCUCAGAUGCGCAGAUCAAAACAUGCGAUGCAGCGUAAAACAUUUAUGACCAGUAUUUGUAUUUGACUCUCUUCGAUUCCCGUCGAAUUGCAAUGACGUCAUCACGCAGUGCGUGCUAUGUCAUGAAAGCUGACAACCUCCCCUCUCCAUAGACACAUCGAUCAAGCUUCUAGACCAUUCAGAGCCCGAGUUUUUCCUUUCCAAAGUUGAGGAGGUGGGACUAAAGAACACGAAUCGCGUGCGCGCCAUCAAACCGGUGCAGAAGAUUUAGGAGUUGAUUGGAAGUUGGUUUGUGAUCUUGGAUAGCGUUUUUAGCGAAUUAUUGCGUGCUUUUAUUACUGUUAGAGUUAUAUGUCUCUGAAAAAUGACUUCAAGAAAGUUUUUUGUUGGUGUGGAGGCGGUUUUGGAGGAGUUGGAUCGGAUGUCUGACACUGAAACUUGCAGCGAGGCUAGCUUUGACUCGGUCAGAGAAGCUGCUUACAACGUGGGAGAAGACCCUGAUUUUGAUGUAGCCUCCAGUGGUGAAGAAUCACAGCCAGCAAGUCAGCCACGGACCAGCAAUCAGGAUACUUGCUCAGCAUCCACCACCAGCACACCUCAGACAUCCAUGACCCCCACACACUCUGCAGGUGAUUCAGUGAGGCCAAAAACUUGCAGCAAGCAAUAUAGAGGGAGGUCUCGUUCUGUCAAGGGGACAAAAAGGCCAGCCAAUGUGAUGUCAGAGAGCAGUGGCACAGAAAGGUGGUAUGAUUGCAGUGAGGAGGAUGAGGCUCCAGCGUUACCACAUUUCUUGCCAAAACGAAUCCCGGGACCACAACUUGUAAUGGACAGGAUAUAUUCCCCUCUGCAGCUAUUUCAGCUCUUCUUCACCGUCUCUGCAAUGGACACAAUCGUGAAGAAUACUAACUCUUUUGCAAGAAUGAGAUCAGAGGCUGGGAAACGUUUUGUCUGGUUGCCUCUGAAAGUGCAGGAAUUGUAUUCAUACAUUGGACUUGUGAUCUACAUGGGGCUCCUUGGUGCCAAAAACAUAAUCGAUUACUGGUCUGGCAAAGAAAUUUACCGCUUGCCCUUCCCAAAAUCUGUCAUGUCCAGGUCCAGAUUUCAGGCCAUUUCCUGGAACAUCCAUCUUUGUGAUCCUGAGAACGAUGUAGAAAAUGCAAGAAAAAGGGGAACUCCAGCCUACGACAAACUCUUCAAAAUCAAGCCCCUGUACACUGACAUCGUCACAGCAUGCAAAACUUACUUCCACCCAGACAGGCAGCUGGCAGUGGACGAAAGGAUGGUGGCUUCAAAGGCAAGAAUUGGAAUCAAGCAGUACAUAAAAGACAAGCCGACAAAGUGGGGCUACAAACUCUUUGUGCUUGCAGAUUCUGCAUGUGGCUACACAUGGAACUUCUUUGUUUAUGAAGGCAAAUCAUCCCUGGCCACUGGAAAAGGGCUCAGUUAUGAUUCCGUUAUGCAGCUCUUGGAUUUGUCUCUUCUUGGUGGUGGCUACCAGUUGUUUAUGGACAACUUCUACACAAGCCCAUGCCUUUUCAUGGACUUGCUGGCAAAGAAGACCCUGGCGUGUGGCACAGUACGCACUAAUCGGCAAGGCUUUCCGAAAAUGAAAGCAAAUGAUCUCAGUCGGAGAGACCCAAGAGGAACCAUAAGAUGGCUUCGAGAUGGGAAGCUUCUUUUUCUCAAGUGGAUGGAUACGCGUGAAGUUACAAUGUGCUCAACCAUGCACAAGGCUUAUGGCGGUGAGACAGUCCUUCGGCGCGUCAAAAAUCCAGAUGGCAGUUGGGAAAUGAGGAAAAUCCCGAUUCCAGUGGCAGUGAAAGACUACAACAAGUACAUGGGAGGUGUGGACCUGUCAGAUGCCCUAAUUGGGUAUUAUAAUGUACUCCACAAAACCACUAAAUGGUACAAGACUUUUUUUUUUCAUUUUGUUGAUAUUGCAGUGGUGAACAGUUUCAUUCUCCACCAGCAUCUCUCCAGAGCUCAGAACAAAAGUCCUCUCAGCCAAAAAGAAUUUCGAGAGAAACUUGUAUCUGAGCUGGCUGCAGUUUCCAGCACCUCAGCUGCCCAAGACCCGCCUGCAUCACAUUCCCCAGAGCCACCUGCAUCCACAUCACAUGCCCCAGAGCCACCUGCAUCCACAUCACAUGCCCCAGACCUGCCUGCAUCUGCCACAACAGCAUCAGAGCCAUGUUGUCCAGAGUACUUUGGCUCAGAUGCCAGGAGUGGGAGGAGAGUUUGUGCUCUGUGCAAACUUUCAGGCCUCAAAGUAAAGACUUCUGUGUACUGUACAAUAUGCAGUGUACCCUUGUGCUUGGUGGCAUCCAGAAAUUGCUUUAGGAAAUGGCACACUGAUGGACACACCCAGACUAAGUGAGCUCUUGUGUUCCAUUACUUUUUCUCAGAUUUGUAUAUUAUUUUUGCACUUUUUUCCCUCUAUACAUUUGAUUUAUUUACUUUGAGGUUUUUUUUGUGUGUGUGUGUAAAAUAAAAUGCAAGAACAGAACUUUUGCUUAUUUUGCUUAUUACAUGACAUGAGUUUAUGGAGGAAACUUGGAGACAUAAGACAUUCUGUCUCUUCAGGUAAAGCUACAGAACUUGGAGACUCCAACGCCUCCUUUCUGUUAAAGCUAAAUAACUUUUGCUUAGAAGAUGUUAUCAACAAAAUUCUUUUUUUAUCUUUUUACUGUCACCUAGUGGAAUCAAAAGAAACUUUCUGCAGGGAAAUAGACCUAACAGGUCCUAAAUAACAGACUCCUAAAUAAAAACUUACUUUAAAAAAUAAUAAAAAUCUGACUUUGUUUCUGUGUUUAUCACAGUAUUGUAAACAUAUAAAAUACAAAAUAUGCAAUAUUUUACCCAUGUUUUAAAAUUCAGAGAGUUUUCUGUAAAAUGAGACCAUUUUUAUCAAUUUAUUCCAAAGUAUGAGGGUAGGGCUGUCUUUUAAGUUCAGGUAUGCAUGCUGGUUUCAGAAAUCAAAAAUGGUGACUGUAAAACUACACUUGGAGAGUCUAACGCCUCCUUUCGAUUAAAGCUAAAUAACUUUUGCUUAGAAGAUGUUAUCAAAAAAGUUUUUUUUCUCCUGUUUAUUUGUAUCUAGUGGAAUCAAAAGACAUUGUCUGAAGCGAAAUAGACCAAACAAGUCCUAAGUUACAGACUCUUAAAUAAAAACUUAAUUAAAAAAAUUAUAAAAAUCUGACUUUUUGUUAGUGUUUAUCACAGUAUUGUAAACAUAUAAAAUACAAAAUAUGCAAUAUUUUACCCAUGUUUUAAAAUUCAGAGAGUUUUCUGUCAAAUGAGACCAUUUGUAUCAAUUUAUUCCAAAGUAUGUGAGUAGGGCUCUCU